CCAAACAAGUAUAAUGAAAGAACCACCAAGAACGACUGACAGCAUUCUCACGCAACGAAGGCAAACCAACGACCACAAGGAAGAGAAAGUCUCCAAGCAACCACCCCUUCCUUCCUCCUCUCUCCCCUCCAACUCCCCAACCAGAGCAACUUCCUUCCUCUUUCCUCUCUCUCUCUCUCUUUAAGAAUUCAGUCUCGCUCUCUCUCUUUACAUGUCAGAGAGAAGUUUCCGGCGACGAAUUCUGGCAAAAGCCCCAAAAACUAGACCCCCAUCGCAACCUAUUCCGCCGCCUCGUCGGCGAACUCCGACGCCUUGUCGCUCAAAACCAUCAAAGCCCAUCGAAGUUCUGGAGAGAUGCUCCUCCGAACCGAUCCUUUACACCGUCGGAUUGGCCUUGAGCGACGACGAAAAUCGUAGUACUUCGAAAUCCGAUGUUCCACUAUAUCGCCUCCAGACAUGUAUGGACGUGUUCACAGCAGCAUCGUCUCCACUUAUAUCUCCGUCUCCCUCUUCUCAUAAUGUCGAGAGAUACAAUGAGGAAGCGAAGGUGGUGGUGAGUGUGACGGUGGAAGGAAGUCCGGGACCGGUUCGAACCAUGGUCCGAUUGGGUUCGAGCGUGGAAGAUACAAUAAGACUUGUCGUUCAAAAGUACAGCGAGGAAGGGCGAAGCCCCCAGCUCGAUCUCAGCGCUGCUUCGUCGUUCCAGUUGCAUCAUUCCUACUUCAGCCUUGAAAGUCUGGAUAAGACGGAGAAGAUCGGGGAAACCGGGACCAGAAGCUUCUACCUCCGCAAGGGUGGUAGUGGUCGAAGUAAUAAUAGUUAUCAUGGCCAUAGCCAAGCCCAAGGGAUGCUACAACAACCAAUUUCUUCUUCUUCUUCUUCUUCUUCUUCUUCUUCUUCUUUUUCGACGUCGGAGGUUGUUUCCGUGAGAGAGAGCGCUCCCUUGCUACGGCCGCCGGUGAUUCCACUACCACGUUUUGUCUUUUUCCCAGCCUUCAUUGGCCGGAAGAUGGGCAUACUCGGUAGAAGAACGCGUAAGCUUUGGAAGAUCCUAGGCUGUAUAUAAAUCAAUCAAAGAUGGAUGGCCUGGUUAUGUUGAUCACCAUUAUUUGUUUAGAACAGAUCUUCUUCAUUUUCUGGGUAAACCGUUAAUUCGAAUGUAUCAAUGGUCAAGUCUGGCUUCCGGGCAUCUCCUGGCUUUGUCUUCGUUAAACCAGCUGUGGCUACUGACACAGGGCUAGGUUAAUUGAAAACAUACUAAGAGGAGGUGGCAGGACGGCACCGUCGGCCAGAAAAAUUUCGAACCAGUUAAGGCGAUGCAGAUUCGAUCCGUUUAUAAUUGGAUUGAAUAUGGAUCAAAUCAAAUUAUGUACUUUGAAUGUUGAUAAAGUCAUUUUGUUCA